AUGACGACAAACGGCGCAGGUGGUGGCGCGAAGCUUCCCAGGAAGCGCUUCUACCGUGCCAGGGCGCACAGCAACCCACUCAGCGACUCGCACUUCCCUGUCCCGAUAUCGCCUGAAGAGGUUGACCUCUCACAGCACUACCCGCGGUACUUCCCCGCCGACAAGGGCGGUGACGGCGAGGAGGCUGCAGCACCACGACGGAUCCGCUUCGCAGACGUGGGGUGUGGAUUCGGCGGGUUGCUCGUAGGGCUCUCACCUCUCUUCCCAGACACGCUCAUGAUUGGCAUGGAGCUGAGGGACAAGGUAACUGAGUAUGUGAAAGAGAGGAUUUUAGCUCUAAGAGCAGCAAACCCAGGACAGUAUGACAACAUAUCUGUUGUCCGGACGAACUCAAUGAAAUAUAUUCCAAAUUACUUCAGGAAGGCUCAGCUCACCAAGAUGUUCUUCCUGUUCCCUGAUCCUCACUUCAAGGAGAAGAACCACCGAAGGAGGGUUAUCAGCAUGCAGUUGUUAGAUGAGUAUGCUUAUGUGAUGGAAGUGGGAGGAAUCAUAUAUACCAUUACUGACGUCGAGGAACUUGGAGAGUGGAUGCGGUCGUGUCUUGAGAAACACCCAUUAUUUGAAACUGUCCCUGAAGAAGAGAUUAAAGCUGACCCAGUUUUCAAAUUGCUGUCUACCGCCACUGAAGAAAGCCAGAAGGUCGCCAGAAAUGGAGGACAAACUUUCCAUGCCAUCUUCAGGCGGAUCUCCUUACAAGAAGAAUAA